AUGGAGCUCGCUUCUGCUCAAUCUCCAAUUGAUAACUUAAGCGACUCCAAAGGAAAUGGUAAGUUACAGGAUAAACAAUCACCUUUUAAAAACGCUACAAUCAAUUUCAUCAACAUGUGCCAAUCUUCAAAUUCAACACGAUAUAACAUUAAAAGGACAUCUGACAAAUUAGGUUUUCGGCAACGUCGUUUCUACGACGUUGUUAAUACCCUUGAAACAAUUGGCUGUUGCCCCAAGGUUGAUGCCGAUACAUUUAUUUGGUUAGGGUUUGACCAAGUAAGAACUGCAAUUGAUAGAAUGGCUAAAGAACGUGGAGUUUACAUGGAGAAUUUUUCACUAGAAGAAAUCUUCCCCACAGAUGGACCUAUUUCCAUCCAACGUAUUACUGAGGAGUUUUUGCUUCUUUUUAUUGCUCUUGAGUCUACAACGAUAAAUAUCCUCGAAGCUUCAGCAUUCCUGUCAAGGGAUACUGAACGCGAAAAAACUACUCGUUGUAAGCUAUAUCAAGUUGCUGCUAUUUUGGAAAUAGCAGGAGUGGUAAAGAAGACAGAUAAGCAAAGCGAGUUUAGCCUUGUUCCAGAUAAUUUCAUUUCUGCGACCGAGAAAAUAACAGGAAAGUCACGUGAUCCAACUUCCCUUGGAUUUCUCCUCAAUCGUUCCACACCAUUUAUGGAGGUUGAAGUUUGCCCUAUUAUCAAAUCUCGUCGCUCUGAAUACAUCAGUAUUCAGGAAUCUUCUGAAAUUAGUGAACCACAGACAACACCAGAAGAAUAUUAG